AUGGAGGUGGCAGAUGAAACUGUCCGGCAGCGUAUGUCACGUGGAGAUCACUCCAGUCCCCCUCGAACGUCAUCCUCCCGUUCACCGCGUAGGCGGGAACCUCCAAUACAUGUCAAAGAUGCCGACUCUUCCUCCAACGAGGAGCCCACUGACACGCCGUUCCCUAGCGAUCUGGAGCCGGAGGCUGUGCGUGACUUGUCCGCGGGUGCUGCCCAUGUGCCUGGCUUUUUAGAAAAACAGGUGGAGGGUCUACCGCCGAGAUUGUCAAAUCUGAUCCUGCGUACACUCAUGUCUAUCUUCAUGAUCGGUGGCUUCUCAUUCCUGGUCUAUCUCGGACCGCUCGCGUUAGUUGUGCUGGUCCUCUUUCUGCAGAUGGGCUGCUUCAAAGAAAUCAUCCACAUUGGCCAUUGCGUCUACCGGUCUCACGACCUGCCCUGGUUCCGAACCCUCUCCUGGGUCUUCCUCUUUGCCUCCAACUACUUCCUGUUCGGCGAAAGUCUGAUUACUCGCUUUCGUAUCCUUCUUGCCAAGGAGGUAAGGAUGCAAAACAGUAGUCCCUUUUUUUCACUUUAUGUGACUUGA